AAAUUAUAAUUUAUGAAAAACAAUCACAAGCGUCGAUUUUAGGAUGUAGAUCAUCUGAUUCAGUUGAGAAAAUAGGCUACUCCUAAUAAGGGAGAGUAUCUCUAUGAUUAUAAACUAUAAGAAGCACUAAAAAAGAGAGACACUUAUUCAAAGGAAGAAUUUAAAUAAAAAUUUAAGAUUGAUUUUGAAGAUCUUCCAAUCUCAACUAACACUUAAAGAGCAUUAAAAUAAAGAAAGUUUAUUAAAAUGACUGAAAUAUAAAGAUGUGUUAUCCCACAUGCUUUAGCUGAGAGAGAUAUUUUAGGAGCAUCUAAAACAGGUAGUGGAAAAACACUAUCAUAUUUAAUUCCUUUGAUUGAGAAUCUUUAUGUGAAUAAAUGGACACCAUUAGAUGGAUUAGGAGCAUUGAUUAUUUUGCCAACAAGAGAAUUAGCUAUGCAAGUAUUUGAAGUAUUUAAAUCACUUAAUACAUAUCAUAUUUUAUCAAUGGCUUUAUUGAUUGGAGGAAAGAAUUAUCAAUAUGAAAGAGAUAGGAUUAGUGGAAUGAAUGUUAUUAUUUGUACUCCUGGGAGACUACUAUAACAUUUUGAGGAAAGUCCUGGAUUUGAUGCAAAUAAUCUAAAAGUAUUAGUUUUGGAUGAAGCUGAUAUGAUGUUAGAAUUAGGUUUUUGGGGACCAUUAAAAGCAAUUAUGAAUUAUCUCCCAAAAGAUAAAUAGACUAUGCUUUUCUCUGCCACACUCAAUUAAUCAAUUCAUUAAUUAUGUAAAAUUUCAUUGUAAAAUCCCGAGAGUAUUUUUUUGCAUGAGAAACUUAUUAAUGAUUCAACAAAUUAAUAAACAGAAAAUGUAAUUUCAACACCAAAUAAAUUAUAAUAAUUUUAUAUUGUUACUCCUAUAGAUGAGAAAAUUGAUGUUUUGUUUUCUUUCUUAAAGACACAUAAUAAAUAAAAAAUUGUAAUAUUUGUAUCUACAUGUAAAUAAGUGAGAUAUUUAUUUGAAGUGUUUCGUAAAUUAAAAUUAGGAAUGUAGUUAUUUGAAUUACAUGGUAGAUAAAAAUAAGACAAGAGAACAGCUAUAUUUUUUACAUUUUCUGAAAAGAAGGCAGCAGCAUUGUUUACUACAAAUAUUGCUUCAAGAGGUUUAGACUUUCCUAAAGUUGAUUGGGUUAUUUAAUUUGAUUGUCCUGAUGAUCCAUCUACUUAUGUUCAUAGAGUUGGAAGAACUGCCAGAUAUAUAGCUGGAGGUUUCUCAAUACUAUUUUUAUUACCUUCUGAAUUAAAGUUUAUUGAGAAAGUUAAAUAAAAAGGAGUUGAUAUUAAAUAGAAAUUUUUGAAUUCUAAUAAACAAUUAACAAUUAAAUAAACAAUCUAAAGUUUGGUAUCAGAAAACAUAGAAUUAAAAUAUUUAGCAUAAAGAGCUUUUAUUAGUUAUGUUAGAUCAAUAGACAUUAAUGGUGAUAAGGAAAUAUUUAAAUUAAAAGAGAUUUAAACCGAUCUAUUAGCUGAAAGCAUGGGAUUAGUUUAAGUUCCUAUUCUAUCAGUCUAAUAAUAAAAUGAGUCAGAUUAAGAAGAUAAACCUGAAAAAAAAUCUAAAUUGCAAAAAUUAAAAGAGAAAAUUGAAAUCAAAAAGUAAAUGGCAGUAGAACAAAAUAAACCUAUUGAAGUUAAAAAAAUGAAACAAAUAUAAAGAGAAAGUGGAUUUGAUAAAUUUGAGGUUAUGAAAGCUACUUUUGAUUUUGAUGGUGAAUUUUUAAAGAGAAAACCUCAAUAAGAUAUUGAAGAAGAAGAAGAAGAUGUUGAACAACCUAAAUUUGUGACUUCUAAAAGAUAAAUGAAAAAAGUUAAGGCUGAUGGUAUAUUUGGAGGUAGAAAUAAAGUAUUUUUUGAUAAUGAAGGUAUUUUUUAUAUAUUAAUAUUAGGUAAUUAAAUUACAGCAGAAGAGAAAAGAAGAUAAGAAAUUCUAGAAGGAUAAUAAGAAGUUUUAUAAAAAGAUGAGGAUAGAACCUUAAAAUAUGGACAAAAAUUAAUUGAACAUGCUGAAGAUGAUAAAGCUAAUGAGAAAGACAGAAUUAAAUAGAAAAGAUUAAAGAAGAAAAUAAGAAUGCAAGAAGUUUAAGAAGAGUUUUGA